UUUAACGGGUACCAAGAGCAAGGCGCACGCAAAGAGAUUGAAUACUGGUGGCUGCAUUGUGUAUUUUCGAUCGUCCAUAGAAUCCUAGCUGACAAAUAUAAACCAGCAAAAAUUACCGCGAUGCACAUGUAACUUGUAGGCCUGUUCUAACAAAAAAUUUCAACUUUGAAAAUACGAAUGGCCUAAGAUAGGUUUUAAUCAUUGAGUCUGAAACCAAAACAAAACGUUGUUUGUUAUCGAUAUGAAUUGAUUCUGGUUAACAUUGUUAUGAGAAUUCGUUGCAAAAUGAACAUGUCAAAGGCAUUCGUUUACGGAUUUUUUCUACUGCUUGUUGGAUGCAGCGUUUUUAUAUUAUGGAGCAGAAAAGACACAAUACCAAAUCAUCUUCAGAAAAGACUUCACAUGGGAAAGCCAGUAAACAAUAAACUUCACGAGAGAGAUGUUAUUUUCAAGCAUGCUGCUGUUGCUGCUGACAAUGCCGAGUGCAGUAAGGUCGGAAGCAAAGCUUUGAAAGAUGGCGGAUCUGCUGUCGAUGCUGCCAUAGCAACGAUGUUAUGUUUAGGUGUAAUUAACAGUCACUCUACCGGAAUCGGUGGUGGAGGAUUCAUGAUGGUAUACAACAGAGAUAAAGAAAAGGGCGAGGUUAUCGAUUUUAGGGAGGCAGCACCGAAGGGUGCUCAUCCUAAUUUGUUUCAUGGCGAUGCAACAAAAGGAAUUAGAGGAGGGUUAAGUGUAGCAGUGCCUGGAGAACUCCGAGGUAUUGAGCUGGCUCACAAAAAGUAUGGGAAACUUCCAUGGAAAAGGCUUUUCAAACCUGCCAUACGAUUAGCAAAGCAUGGAUUCGAGGUGCCUGAAACACUCAGUAUUGCUAUCAACAAAUGGGAUCAAGAUGUAUUGAAUGAAAAGUGUAUGAGGAAUCUAUACGCACCAAAUGGAACUAUUCUCAAGACGGGUGACAUGAUCCGUAAUCCAGAGCUGGCUGAAACGCUGAGAAUUAUUGCUAAUGCAAAUGGCUCCGAUCCAUUCUACAAAGGGCAGAUAGCAGAAAUCAUGGAAGAAGAGGUAAACGCUCACGGAGGAAUACUAACAAUUGACGACUUGAAGGACUACAGAGCUAUUUUACGGAAACCAAUUGUCACCAGAUUAGGAUCGUAUACAUUGAUGAAUACUCCACCGCCUGCAAGUGGUCCUGUUCUGGCAUUUAUACUAAACAUUUUGAAAGGUUUCGAUAUGGACGAAGCAGAUUUGAAGGAAACUCCGGCACUUGUUUAUCAUCGUAUAAUCGAAGCUUUCAAAUAUGCUUAUGCAAGAAGAACAUUGCUUGCAGACCCUGAUAUUGAAAAGAGUGUCAAAAAGGUCGUCCAGGAUAUGGUGAGCGAGAAAACUGCAAAGAAGAUCAUGGAUUCGAUAUCUGAUUUAAAGACUUUCCCAACAGAGCAUUAUGGCGGCAAAUACGACCUGCCAGUCAAAACAGGCACAACACAUUUGGUGGUAAUAGACAGAAACGGCGAUGCAGUGACCGUAAUGGAUACAGUCAAUGGCUACUUGGGAGCAAAGUUCCGAUCAUGUGCCCUUGGUUUUAUCUACAACAACGAAAUGGAUGAUUUCAGCGCCCCUGGAAUGCCAAACGAAUUCGGACUGCCACCAGCGCCAGUUAACUUCAUGAAGCCAGGAAAAAGGCCGUUAUCGAGUGGUGUCCCCGUCAUAAUUUUGGAUGAACACAAGAAUGUACGAAUGGUUGCUGGUGGCUCAGGGGGCUCGAUAAUCACAACUGCCGUAGCACAGGUCAUAAUGAACCACCUUUGGUUUGAUAUGUCGUUGAAAGACGCAGUCCAAGCUCCUCGUAUUCACAGCCAGCUGAUUCCAGACAAAGUAUUCGUCGAGACCCGUUUCCCCAAUGAAACUGUGUCAAUUUUGCAAAUGUACAAACACAAGGUCGUGAAGGAUGACGUCAACCACGCAGUUGUACAAGCCAUAGCUCGUGUUUCCGGUGACUGGCAGCACUGUUCGUAUAGAAAAGAAGACAUAUCGAAAUGCUCUGAUCUAUAUGCCGAGUCGGACUUUAGAAAGGGAGGCGAACCCGCUGGGUACUAAAAACUAGACACUGCUGUUGAAAUUUUUGCAUGAAUUUGGUCAUCCAUUCACUUUUAUAUGAAAACCACGAGUAUGCUUUGUUUGUGAA